CGUAUAUGUGGCCCAGUUUCCUGAAUACACUGAUGCAUUGAUAGAUCAUUUAGCUGAGGUUAAAGUUCAUCAUUGGGAUAGUGUAAUUAGAGAAUUAACUGCCAAAGCUCUUCAUAACCUGACCGAGAAAUCACCACAACAUGUGAAACAAUCAGUGCUAUCAAAAUUGUUACCACACACCACGGGUAUGGAUCUUCAGUCAAGACAUGGAACUAUCUUAUCUGUGGCAGAAAUUGUGUAUGCACUCAGCAAGAUUGGUGUAAAAGAAGGGAAGAGUAUAACAGACAUAUUGCCAACAGAUGUGAUAGAGAAUAUAAAGAACAUUUCCAUUAUAUUACAUGAUAAGAAGUUAUUUCGGGGAAUGAGUGGGGAGUUGAUGAGAACAGCCGUGUGUUGUCUAAUUGAGAGGGUUUCCUUGUCGAAAUUUCCAUGUCAUACAGAUCCAGUCAUAGAUAUAUGGCAGGACAUACUAGAUGACUGUUUGAAUCACACAGAGCACGAGAUACAGAUGGCUGCUGUAAAUGCUAUACCUGCCUUCUUCACGGAAUAUUAUAGAGAUUCUAAUGGUGUUGCUGAUCCUAAAAGACAAGAAAUGGUGAUAGAAAGAUAUCUACGGCAGCUGAGGGCCUCUCUAGAAAUAUCAAGGCAAGGUCAUUCUCUAGCACUUGGUGCUCUUCCAAAGUUUAUGUUGGUAGGUAAAUUACGGCCAGUGUUAGGUGGACUUAUACAAGCCACACAGAUUACAGAAAAAGAAGAAAAGUGGGCGGAGGGAAGGCGUGAUGCUCUAAAGGCCAUUACAUGUGUUUGUAAUACAGUAGGUGUGGACAAAAAUGGUGAUCUGAAUAAAACCUUGUGUUCAGCCAAUAUAGGUCAAGUGUACGAGGCAUUCCUUUGUGCGUUAAAAGAUUAUACGUUGGACAGCCGAGGUGAUGUUGGUGCAUGGGUGAGAGAAGCUAGUAUGAGUGGAUUGCUGGAGAUCACUGCCCUCACUGUCAGCAGUCAACCUGACCUUUUACAACCUACUGUGUGUAAACAUAUGAUGACAUCUCUAGUACAACAAGCCUGUGAGAAGAUAGAUAGAACACGAGCUCAUGCCGGCAACAUAUUCUCUUCCCUUCUCUACCAUAGUCCUCCAGUACCAAAUAUACCAGAGAGAGAGGAACUUCAGAAUAUUUUCCCAAAAGAAGAAAUUCCAAGCAUAAACUGGGCUGCCCCAGGCGACACAUUUCCAAGAUUUACCAAACUGUUAAGGUGUCACGCGUACACCUAUAGUGUUUUGCUUGGCCUUACUGUCAGUGUGGGAGGACUGACAGAGUCUCUGGUUAAACAUUCGAAUGCAUCUUUACAAUCUUACCUCAGGAGUUUAAGUAAAGAUAUCAAAGAAUUAACAAGGAUUACAUCUACUCUAACACAAAUUUUUAAGGACUACCAAAAAGUGGACAGGGUUUCACUACCAAUGGUGAAGAUGUUGGACCAAUUGCUGUCGACGGGUUGUUUUGAUCCUUUUAUAGAACAAGAAAGCCAUUCAUUUCCACUAGAAGUAUAUCAGUUGGUGAAGACAGAAAUCCUGAAAUGUGGUGAACCCCAGAAACUGCUCGCAAGUGCUGAUGUAUACUGUGGUUUGCUACAAUUUCCGGGUGAGGUUAGGAAGAAAAGCCUCACUUCUCUAUGUAUUUUCCUUUGUCACAGGUUCCCUAGAAUUCGUAAAACAACUGCAAACAAAUUUUAUGAAGUUCUUGUCACUUAUGAUGAUAUUGCACCAAUUGAAAAUCUAGAUGAAAUCAUGACAAUUCUUAGUGAAACCAUCUGGGAUGAUGAAGUAGAAAAAAUCAAACCAUUAAGAAAUCGUAUUUGUAAUCUACUAGAUGUACCUGAACCCGUUCUAUUAAAAAAGAAAGAUGCUGAAUGACCUGUUCUUAGUGGAUGGAUACACAUGGACUAUAAGACUUAAUUGUUGAUAAUUUAGAAAAUCAUUGACAACAAUUUUAAAUGUAUAAGUUGCUAGUAUUAGACAAAUCAUUUUAUAAGAAUAGAAAUCUUAAAUCUGCUACAACUUUCCUUGGUUGGUCCUUAAAUUAUUUAAGUUUCUGAAAUAAUGAAAUGGUUUUAUACUAUGCAUAAAAUUAAGUUUCUGAAAUAAUGAAAUGGUUUUAUACUAUGCAU